GACUGCGAUAAAGUGAAAAUUUGUGUUUUUGUUGCGUAAUCAAUACAUUCGCUUGAUUUUUGAUGUGUGCAAUUGGUUUACUAGCAAAGGAAAAAUAGCUGUUGCAUUGAGGUUAGAUCUAGGUGAUAUACAAAAUAUGGAAUCACAGUUGAAUUUGGUAAAAUAAAUAAAUUUAAGUUCGCUAAAUUUGAAUUACGUUUAAUUUCUAUAUAACUCAUUUUGUUUUAUUACCAUGUGUAGUCUUCUGUUUAAUAAUUCUAUUGUAGACUAUUGUAUGCCAAAAUUAAUUCUGUGUGUGUAUAUAUGUACAUAUUUACUAUGUCAAGUAAUACAAGGUAGAAAUGGUCUGAAACAUGAUUUAUUUAAUUACUAGUUUUCGAAGUUUUUUAUGUCACUUAUGCUUAAAAAAACUUAAUUUGCCGAUGUCGAUUUAGUGUAUAUAUAUAUUAUAUAGAAAACGAAAAUGUUGCGUUACAUGUACUUUGGUUUUGGUAAGACUUUGCGUUCUUCACAACGGCUACCUAUUUUGGUAACGUCGCGUAAUUGCAUGCAUAUGCACGAAGAAGAACCGGAACACAUUUUUACAAAACGUUUCGAAGAUUUUUUUAACCGUUGCGAAAUCGAUGGCUGGGAUUUGCGUCAAGGCAUGAAUGAUAUUUUGGGUAGUGAUGUGAUUCCCGACCCCAAAGUAAUUGAAGCUGCAUUACGUGCUUGUCGCCGUGUCAACGACAUAGCUCUGGCUAUUAGAUGGUUGGAAGCAUGCAAGGAUAGAUGUGGCGAUAAAGUAGACCAAAUAUAUCCAUAUUUAUUAGGUCACAUACGGCCAACAUUGUACGAGCUUGGUAUUCCAACUCCGGAAGAACUGAAUUACGAUAAGCCAGAGUUGGCUGUAAAAUCAGUGUUUGAUAUGUAAACUAACAUAUGUACAUAUAAAGAUCAUGAGAUAAUUAAAACAAAAUUUAUAUCAUUAUA